UAGUCACGCGAAUUAAUCCUCUAAUCGAUAUCUUCGUCGUUAAGAACAUAAACUUCCUACAGUUCUCAACUCAUCCAAUUGAAACUCUCAUCCCCUCCACAACUCUUUCUCUCUCCUCCAUCAUCUUGUGCACAAAACAAUGGCGUCAAGAUGCGAAAUCUUCUGUGAAAUCAUAUGUGCUUUAUUGCUCCCUCCUCUCGGCGUCUUCUUCCGCCAUGGUUGUUGCAGCCUUGAAUUUUGCAUAUGCUUGGUGUUGACAAUCUUAGGGUACAUACCUGGAAUGAUCUACGCUAUUUACGUAAUCGUCGCUGUUGAUCGUGAUCGAUGGUACAGAGAUGACGGCUAUUAUUAUCGCGUUUCAUAGAUUAAUUAUGAUUUUGUGAAUUCCUUAUCUCUGAUCUUCUAGAUCUGAUUUUGUAUCGUUGAAUUGCUGUAUCAAUACUGUAUUUACAUUCUUUUAAAUCUUGAGCUUUGAUUGACUUUACUGUUGAUUGAUUUGUGAAAAUUAAUAUGGUAUAUGUAUUGAAAUUGGACAGUUUUUUUUU